UGUGAGCAACGCAUCGAGCGAGCUCCAUCAACGUUGUCGGAUGUGAGCAGCCUGUGCAAAGCGCAUGAGUGCGUGCCUGACGCGAAGAUACUGUGGACUCUGAAAAUGGUAACAUCACACUAUUCCUACAACUCAUCAUCACACACAGUGGAAUUCAAGAAAAUGUUCCCGGAUAGCGAAAUCGCUAAGGCAUUUUCCUGCAGUGAAAGAAAAUUGCAUACGCAGUGUGCCAUGGUCUGAGACCAUUUUUUCUCUCGUGCCCACAACGUGAAUUAGAGCGAUCUGAUGGCUUCACCGUUCUGUUUGAUGAGUCUUUGAACGACUGCCUGCAGAGAAAACAGAUGGACAUCCAUUUGCGGUACUAGAGCACAAUGCCCGAGCAUGUAACCACGAGAUAUUAUACGUCGGUGUUCAUGGGACAUUCGACUGCCGAAGACCUUCAGGAGAAACUUCUGACUGCCUUGGCAGGUUUGCCGCUAGUGAAAGCUGUCCAGCUGUCUAUGGAUGGCCCCAAUGUGACCCUAAAGUGUUUUUGGGAAAUGCAGGAAUACUUACAGCAGAACCAUCAAGUUCAGUGUUUGGACCUGGGCACUUGCGGACUGGUCUACAUACAAUACAUAAUGCUUACAGGGUGGCUGUUGUUGCCAGCAAGUGGGGCAUAGAGAAUCUUCUUUCAAGCUUCGGUGCCAUUUUUCAUGAUGCGCCAGCACUAAGGGAAGACUUCUCUACUGUGACAGGCCAAAUGACAUUUCCUCUGAACUUUGUUGCUCAUCGCUGGGUAGAAAAUGUUGUGAUCGAACAUGCCAUUGCGCUGUGGGGUGAUAUGAAAAGGUACGUGGAAUGUGCAAAAAGAACGAGGUGAACUUGCCAAAGUGUGCGUCAUUCACACAGCUCUGCGAAUUUUGCCAGGACCCACUGCUGUUGGCCAAACUGAACUUUGCUCUCGGCAUCGCGAUGAUUCUGAAACCAUUCCUCACGGAAUACCAAAUGGACAAAGGACUGAUGUUCUUUUUAAAAAGAGAUGUGGAGUGUCUCGUGAGGAAACUUCUCAUGAGAUUCAUGAAGUGCUCAGUGCUGCCAGCUUCCACGGGAAUUGUCGGCUUGCUCAAAAUGGAUCUUGUAAACCCAAAUAAACAUGUAUCCUCGGAGAAAGUUGACAUUGGGCAUGCAGCUGAAGAAAUGGUCAAAGCCGCGAAGGUGAGCGCCAAGGACGUAUUCGCCUUCAGGAUGGAAUGUAGACAGUUCCUUAUCAGUACUACCAAGAAAAUUCUGCAAAAGAGCCCGCUGGCUUACCAUCUAGUUAAGAGGCUGUCUUCGUUAGACCCUCGCCAAAUGACCUCAAAGCCAGAUGAGUGCCUCACAGGCUUCAGGAAAGUAUUAGACGCGCUCACUGCAGUUAGACGAUUGGGUGAGCAUGAGCGUGAUUCUGUCCUAGGCGAAUACGCAGAACUUAUGCAAGAGAAGAAAAACCUGCGGCAGUUUGACAAACGCUCAUUUAGCCUAGACGAGUUCUACUUUGAGCUGUUGACGGUUGACUCAUCCUAUAAGCACUUCUGGAAAGUUGUCUGACUGCUGCUCGUCUUGAGCCAAGGGCAGGCAACUGUUGAAAGGGGCUUCAGCAUGAACCGCCAGGUCUCUGUCGAAAACCUGAAGGAGAUCUUAUAUGUGUCGCAGCGAAUCAUUUACAAUGCAGUAGGCAAGGCUGGUAGCAUCCUGAACAUUGUAAUAACGAAGGAGUUGCGUAGAUCUGUCUUGGCCGCACACAACCGCUAUCGAGCUUACUUGAAGGGUAAAAAAAAUAGAAGCGAUCGAGCAGUCAAAGGCAUCAAAGAGAAGCCACGUUGAAGAAGAAAUACAUGGCAUGAAGAUGAAGAGGAGGAUGCUGGAGGCAACAAUUGCCGAUUUAACUGCUUGUGCUGACAACUACGCUGAGCAGGCAGAAGCUACAAGCGACAUGACCUUCAUUGUGAAGUCCAACAGUUUGAGAAAAACGUCAAAAGAAAUAACUGGAGCUUGCAGAAAUGGAUAACAAGUUGAAGGGAAAGCUUCAGGAACCUAAUCGUGAGUCCACUAUUUGAGAAUGGGCCUCUCUUUAUGGGUGUGUCCAAUGCGUCUAGAUUGUGAAAUUAAUUAGUUUAAGCAAACCGGCAAAAGGAAUGUUGACACCUGCAGAAAAAAAAUGCAGCGAGACCAACAAUAAACAAAAAGUGAGCUCAUAAAAGCUGUGAAAACUUUAGUUAGCUAUUGAUUGUGGAAAAUGUGCCUACUUUUGCUUGUGUGCAGUAAAAGAUGUGCUUCCUUGCUGUAAAGCAUGUUGUGGUCUUUUUCUAUGAUCUCAAAAAGUCUUGUUUCAAGUCUUUGAAAAGUCUUUCUUAGGGCCUUGAAAGUCCUUAAAAACACUUGAAUUUUUCCUUCACGGUGGCUAUGAACCCUGUAUUCAGAUUGUGGUUUUGGCAUGUAAAAAUCAAAUUUUUUAAAAUGAUGAUGAAACUUCUUCAACUCGCAAUAUUGCUGCACUCGUGAUAGUUUGGCCUCAGCAACAGCUUUGCAAAAGGCACUGGAUUUAUUCCUGGUUCCAGUAGGAAACAAUCAGAAUGUGUCCGACUGUCCCUCCCCUGUUACUUGACCUCUUUCAGGGAUAGAAUUGCGCAGAAAGGGUGGUGUGAAACAAACAGCCACAUAGCAAAAUCACAUGUUUCGCAUGUUUUUGUGAGAGAGAGAGCGAUGAAAUUAAGACUUUAUUCCAGGUCAGACAGACCUAUUCCUGACUGUACGAUGCAGUGUGAUGGAAGGUGAAACAUGCAAGUGUGCUGCCUGUUUCCAGUUGCAGACCUUUUGAGGCAACACCAUCAGCGCUUGCUGCAUGCAUGCUUUGACCCUUAAGUGUCUUCUGCAGGGUGUCUACCAACCGGGAAAACUCAGGGAAUUUGUGCUUCUAUCACGAAAAAUUAGCUGUAAUCUUAUUGAAAGAGAAUGAAAGUCUUGUUAAUUCUGGCUCCAGUAACAGAGGAAUCGAGGAUUUUUUUGGACAUGCGCAAUAAUUCGCAUGGCUUCGCGGCACCACCACAUACUCCAUAGAGUCAAUGUAUAGUGCUCUGACUGCAGUUCUGAAACGGCAUUAAUCAAAGCCACCGCCGCCGCAAUUUUGAUUAUCUCGCCGCCUCGAACUGGUGCUCUCGCGCACAGAUCCAUUGGCAGCCAUAGCCACCACUGCACAACGUUAGGCCUAGCUGCUUCUACGUUCGCUAGCUUUUUGCCAUGCGGUGCCAUGUUUUUCAUUGAAAGAAUUCACCACUGUCAGCAAUGGCACCAACGCCGCCUUUGUAAUCCUCGUGAUUGGCUUCCAAGCUCGCAAAGCACAGCGCGUUGCGUAAUGCCAGUCUCCAAAAGUUAGCGUCGCCUCAAUACAGAAAUGUUACGCGGUGAAGCAUAACAAGCAUGGGACAGGGCAAUUUUCUUGUGACACAGUAUGUAUUUCUUAAUUAUACACCUGUGCACCUCUGUCUCCUGUCACAGUACGAGCACCGAUAUGCCUAAUAAGUGUACUGGCAGGCCUUCUGAGCUUCUUCGGACAUGCCUGUGGCAAUUUGAGCUCUGAACUCUUUCAUUACUGCGAGACAGAGCGCCUAUUGUUCGAGUUGCUGCACGUGUCUGUGACAGUCAAGAUGCCACCCCAGCCAAGAGGUAAAGCUAUUAAGAAGGCUGGAAAGGCACAGAAAGCAGUCCGCACUACUGACAAGAAGAAAAAGAAGCGCAGGAAGGAGGAGAGCUUCAGCAUCUACAUUUACAAGGUACUCGAGCAGGUGCACCCUGACACCGGCAUCUCCAGCAAGGUGAUGUCGAUCAUCAACAACUUUGUCAACGACAUCUUCGAACGCAUCGCUGUUGAAGCGUCUUGGCUGGCGCACUACAACAAGCGCUCCACCAUCACCAGCCGCGAAGUACAGACCGCAGUGCGCCUGUUGCUACCUGGAGAACUCGCCAAGCACGCGGUCUCGGAAGGCACGAAGGCUGUCACGAAGUACACAUCCUCGAAGUGAAGUUGCAGACUAUUUAUUUUCUUCAUCUGUUCACCGUGCAGCGUGUCAGACCACGCGUUCAUCACCAAAGCCCAUGGAGUGCUGUGCUAUUUCCACUUUACGUGAACUUUUUUUUCUUGACGUGCAUUUAACCUUCACAAGCCGCACCUCUGGGGUUCAGUGCAUUUCGCAUGUCAUCUGCCAGUUUUAGCCUCCAGCCUGUGUG